AUGCCUCGCUUAAUUCUGCGCCGUUUCCUCCACUCCUCCUCCUCCCCCACCACCACUCCCGCCGCCGGUCCAGAUUUCGUCCGUCAGCUCGCUGCGCUCCUUGCCGCCGGCCGCUUCCACGCAUCCGUCGGCCUGGCCAAAUCACUCCUCCUCUCCUCCCACCCACCAGCCGCCUCCGCCUCCGUCCCCGACCUCUACCACGCCCUCGCCUCCAACGCUGCCGCCUCCCAGGGCGACCCGCAGGCCCGCUCAUUCCUCUGUGACGCCGCCUCCGCGCUCGUCAUUGCGUCCGCGCGGCUCCGCCUCCCCGACGGCGCGCUCCGGCUGCUAUCCCUCCUCGCCGACGCCCGCGCUCCGCUGCCGUCCCUCUCCUCCUGCAACCACCUCCUCGAGUCUCUCCUCUCCCUCGGCCGCCACGACGACGUCCGGCGCGCUUUCGAGCUCCUAGCCGCCUCCGGAGCGCGCCCGGACACCUUCACAUGGAACAAGGCCGUCCAGGCGUGCGUCGUGGCGGGUGACCUCGACGAGGCUGUGGGGAUGCUUCGUCGGAUGGGUUGCGAAGGCCAAGGAACCCCUCCUCCAAACGCGUUCUCCUACAAUGUGGUCAUAUCGGGACUCUGGAGGGCAGGGAGGGCUAUUGACGCCAUCAAGGUGUUUGAUGAAAUGGCCGAGAGGUCUGUGCUGCCGAAUCAUAUCACCUACAACACGAUGAUCGAUGGGCACAUCAAGAGAGGGGACCUGGAGGCUGGGUUCAGGCUGCGGGAUCGGAUGCUGCGUCACGGCCUGAAGCCGAAUGUCAUCACUUACAAUGUGCUCCUAUCAGGGCUGUGCCGUGCUGGCAGGGUAGGCGAGACGGCCGCUGUCUUGGAUGAAAUGGUGUCACGAAAGAUGGUGCCAGAUGGUUUCACAUAUAGCAUUUUGUUCGAUGGUCAUUCCAGAGCUGGAGACACGCAGGCCAUGCUUUCCUUGUUUGAAGACUCUUUGAAAAAGGGUGUCAAUAUUGGGGCCUACACUUGUAGCAUCUUGCUGAAUGGUCUUUGCAAGGAUGGAAAGGUUUCCAAGGCUGAAGAGGUAUUGCAGGCGUUGGUAAAUGCAGGACUAGCCCCAACAAGGGUUAUCUACAACACUCUAAUCAACGGGUAUUGUCAGACUGGAGAGCUUGAUGGGGCCUUUUCGAUCUUUCAGCAAAUGAAGUCACGCCUCAUUACGCCAGAUCACAUCACGUAUAAUGCACUGAUAAAUGGUUUGGGUAAGGCUGAAAGGAUCACCGAAGCGCAUGCUUUGGUCGUAGAUAUGGAGAAGAAUGGAGUGUGUCCCACUGUGGAAACUUUCAAUUCGCUCAUUGAUGCAUAUGGAAGGGACGGACAACUUGAGAAAUGUUUCAUCAUGCUUUCUGAUAUGCAGGACAAGGGGCUAAAGCCAAGUGUUGUUUCCUAUGGUUCAAUUGUCAAUGCUUUUUGCAAGAAUGGAAAAAUCCUGGAAGCAGUAGCUAUUUUGGAUGAUAUGUUCCAUAAAGAUGUUUUACCAAGUGCACAGGUGUACAAUGCUAUCAUAGACGCAUAUGUAGAGUCUGAUGCCACUGAACUGGCUUUUAUUCUAGUUGAGAAGAUGAAGGCCAGUGGGGUACCUCCAAGUAUAGUUACCUACAAUUUGUUGAUGAAAGGCCUUUGCAAGCAGUCUCGGAUAUCUGAAGCAGAGGAACUAAUUUACAGCUUAAGAAAUCAUGGGUUAACUCCUGAUGUUGUCAGCUAUAAUACUCUAAUAUCAGCAUACUGCUACAGGAGCAACACUGAUAGAGCCUUGGAGCUUCAGAAAGAAAUGUGCAAUUCUGGCAUCAUGCCCUCAUCGAAAACGUAUCGUAUGCUUUUUAGUGCAUUAGGUGGUGCGAACAGAGUACAUGAGAUGGAAAAUCUGUAUAAAGAAAUGUUGGACAAGGAUGUUGUUCCUUGCAGUGGCAUAUAUGAUAUCAUGGUUGAGGCAUAUGCAAAAUGUGGUGAUGAAUCUAAGGUAGAAGCUCUGAGGAAGGAUAUGUCAAAUAAAGGAAUAGCAAUUGAAUAUGACACAUCCGUGACUAACUGUGAGUUGUAUACAGAUGUAGUGAGUCCAGUUUGA